UAUACAGUCAGUUCCAGAUGCACAUCGAUAUAUUAACGUACAAAUUGUAACACAGUUCGCAAUCCAAAAUUUUCGAUCAAUUUGUUAAAUAUUUUUAAAGUAAUCAAAAAUAUGGGAGCAACCACUGCGAAGCCUUUUUCUGAAACGGAGUCCAAAGCCUUUGCAAAAUUUUUGAGGAGUUUUAAAAAGGAUCGUGGUGAUAUGGACGAAGACGAAAUCCAGAGGUCAGCGGAAAAUGCGUGGGGAAAGCUAUUGCCCUAUCAAAAACAGCUCUUUGAGGUUAAACCCAGAGGAGUAAAUAUCAAAAAACAGGCAGAGGUGAAAAGGCGAAGAAGACUCCUUGAGGGCUUGAUAUAUAUGGGUAUGGCUUGAGUGAACAUCGUGUGUACAGCUUUGAUAUAUUUCGCAAUAAUGUAAAUAUUUUCCCGACUGUUAUUAAAUAAAACUGGUUAUUGUAGUUGUAAAA